AUGGGGAAGAAAUCCAACAGAUUCUUGAGCUUCACCACACCUCCACCGCUGUCCAGACACCCAUGGAUCUAUGUGAAUGAUCCGACAACCAACACCCCCCAUGCCACCAGUCUCCAGGACUUGAUUGGUGACUGUAUCGUCUCCCAUCACACCCGGCACGACGGUGACCUCUCCUCGACGCAAGAAUCGGAGACUGAGAAGAUGGCUGUCUGUCUUGAUAUGCUCAAGGACGACACCUUCAGCGCCGGCCAGAACGUUUUUCUCAUUACGGAGCAUCUCGCCGACUCUAAGACUGCUGAUAAGCUCGAGACUGCCACGAAGUUCCGCGAGCAGGCUAUCAAGGGUGGACGCAACUUUGCCAGCGUGAAUCUUUAUCUUCAGGACGGGACAAAGAAGAAGGAGAAGGCCAAAUGGGGCCCGAAUCAUCUAGAGCUGGGUAUCACAAAUAUGACCGUCAAGGAAGUCGCGCAAGAGAUCUACCAAUGGCUAUUCACUGUCUUGUCCCCGGCCGAGCACGUCCACCUCAUCCCACGCGCCAGAUUGCUCGCCGUCGAUAAGCGUAAUUUCGCCGACUACGCAUACUGCCCAAUCGCCGACACCAAGAGCCGCCCGAUGGAUGCCAAGAUCCAGUUCGUUGUUGUCAUCAUUACGAAGCCCGUCGUGGUUCCGAACACCCAACGUCUCCAAUGGACCGUGGCCGACAAGUCAGGCAUGGGAAAUUUCUACUUCCAAUACCGCGGUGACACCUCGCAGUACACCUGGGAUUGGGUUCUUGCCCUCAAACCAGGAGACGUCAAAGCCCUCCCGCGCAUGCCGAUGGUUCAAGUCAAGGAAUCACGUCACCUGCGGUUCGCUAAAUUCCCGCUGCGUACCGCAGGUUCCGCCAUGACGGGGAUUGGUCUAGCGCUCAAGACCGUGGGUCACGGCGUGGCCAAGCUCGGCGACAUCACGUCCAUGGGUAAGUCGUCGGAAUGGGUCCCUUCGGGCGACGUCGUCGUCGACGGAAAGGACGGCAAGGUCAAGAAGAUCGAUUGGGCGGCCAAAUUUGCGCAGGAGAGCAAGGACCGCAAGGCAAAGUUUGAGGAGACGCAACGUGGACGCUGUGCCAAGUUGAAGGCCGCCAUUAAAAAGCAUGGUCUGCCGAAAGAAAAGGAUGGGGAGAGUAUGGGAGACUCGAGCACGUUGAGAGGCAGCGAGUAUGAGAACGAAAAGGCCAUUGUGUCAGAGAAGGAGUUUUGCUGA